UUCUGAAUAUAUGGAAGAUUUACAAAGGAAGAUUCGUGAGCUAGAAAGAUGUUUCAACAAUGAACGAGAGCAAUGGAAGAAACUGGGUUGGCCUGUGCGCCAGGAGUCGCCCGACACUAACCCUGUUAACCCUGUGGAAUUAGCUCGGACUGCAGUCAGCCUACCCCUUGCCCUGGACAACGCUCCCAGCCCUGGCUCUGAGGGUUUCAGUGAAACUAGUUCUAACUCAUUCACCACCAUCUCUGUAGCCCAGUCCACUGGUUCUGCCACACUUACUGGUGUUGCAGUUUCCACUGUUAAUACCGUUAGUAGUUGUAGUAGUAUUAGUAGUGGUAGUGGUGGUGUCGGUGGUGGUAGUAGUGAAAUUACUUUCGCCACUUGUUCUGUUUCGUCUAGUGUUGAUAAUCCUCCUCCUCCUCCAUGUCCAAGUUCUCUUCCAAAAAAUGUCUCCUUCAGCAAAGAUAAAGACGAAGACGCCAGUAUACCCACCGAUUCGACAGGUCCCCGAGCCAUGUACACUUUGCCGGAUGAUAUUCAGGAAGUUACUCUAGAGUGUGUCCCACACCAUUACUGCACAAAGAAUACUCGGAACAGUGGAACGAAAGAGAAUGAAGGCAUCAUCGACAACGACGACAACGACGUGGACGACGAUGACAGCGACUGCGAUAGUGGGUCCAGUGAAAAUCUGGCCAGUAGGAGAAGAAACAGCAUGACUAUAUUUGACGAUUAUAAGGCAAACGACUCGAAAUCCUACGAAGACGACGUAGUUGAUGGAAGCCCUGAUAUCCCUUCAAGAGAACCACAACAACAGCAACAACAAUCUCAACAACAGCGUCAGGAGCCAAGCGACGGAAACCAGAAGAAAGUGAUUAUACAGCUUUGUUGCAUGGAACAACUACACAAUGUAGACAACAUUCAACUCCAGCGAAUUUUUGACAAGGACAUGGAUGCUAAAUUGAAAGAUGCCUUCAUGAAAGCUCUUACCAAACAUCGGAAUGAGGAACUGCAGAGAUCAAACAAAUUGGACCAGGACGAAACAGCAACUGAAUGUAACGACUUUGCUGACAACCGGAAAUUCCAACGCUUGUGGGUUAGAAGAGCAUCCGACGAACCGAAACCCAAGUUGUCACCAUUACAACGAUGUCGGGAAAAAGUUCUGAAGAUGGAGAAUGAUCGCAGGCAGCUGACACAGAAAUACGAAGACAAACUGCGUCAACAAGAUCGAGAAUUACAAAAACUGAGAAACAAAUUCGUUGAGAUGUCAGACACACCCAAAGAUUAUUCUGUUAAAGUUAGUAAAUCCCUCGAGUAUAUCUUAAAUCUGUUGUAAAAUAAAAAGGGACACCGUAGAGUUACAUAAUACUGUGUUGUUUCAAACUGGUGGUUCUCAACCAUUUUUCACCUAUGUACCCCUUUGAUUGUUAUUUUACUCGGGUAGAC